AUCCCAAAACUGUUCAAUCGUCACAUCUCGCCAGGCGGACGGGCCCAAAAGAAAGUCCUUUUGUGCUUCUCAAAUGUCUUGUUGGCUUGCAUGUUCAGUUGAUUGCAUCGCCUGGAUCAGCCCAGAGCCACGAGUCCGGCAGUACCGACUUGGUACCAUCAUUGAAGUGCACGACCACAUCCACGAGGUCCUCAACGUGAGCAGGGCUCUUCACAGCGGGAACCACACCCUCGAUACGUGUGUCCUGCGCAGACAGGCACCAAGUCACAACGUACGUAAGUCCUUAUUGUGCUUACGCUUUGAGAGGUGAUGCUACACUCGACCCCAUCGAUGACAAAUUUGGUGGCCUUGCGGUGCUUCGGAGGCUUCGUCUCGCCUUGGCCGUUCAAAUUGUAGCCACCUGCAUACACAGAUGCCAUCCGUAACAUGAAGGUAGUGCGUGCAUCCUCACUUACCGAUGACGACCUUUUGUGCGAAUCGAUAGUUGCCCCUCCAGGGUGUGAUGUCUAAGCGACCGAGCAACAAGCGCACGGACAUGCAUGAGCGUUGGAGCAAGCCAUCUUUAAAUGGCAUCUUCAUUCACCGAAUGCCGUGGGUCCGGGGUUAGACUUGGCGUCCUCGUCGUCGGCCGUGAUGUGCUUGAGAUUAUUGUACGUGUAAUCCAACGUCAAGAUGCUGCACCCUGGGCCGUACACCACCUGCAAACCAUGCGUAUCGUGUCCGUGUGUCUCUCUGUGCGUCGUGCGUACCUCCAGUCCGCCAACUUCAGCUCCCUCGAGUUUUGAAAUCGUAACGUCCUCUCCCUCCUCCUCGUCCAGGUAGGGAAUGUCAACCCGCCAGAUCCAGCCGUUCCACUUGGCGCCCAGCAAGUCACCACGCAUCGCGCCGGCAAAGCAAUUGCCUGUAAAGAUUGCAUGCAGAGGAUAAUGCAGUGCCGAUCUGUUCUGUAACCCUGAACUCCGCG